AUGUCGCGCCAGAGAGCCGAAUCCCUGCUCAAGCAGGGCGACAAGGAGGGCUGCUUUGUGAUUCAUGUCCAGGUGUUCAAGAGACUCAAUGGCUAUAAGCCGUUUCUCUUCAACUUCACCGUUGACGCCUGUCAGUUCCUUAAGGGCAAAAGGAAUAAGGUAACGCAAUUCUUCUAUAAUCUAAUCGCUCCCCCCUAUUCGAACAUAAGCCAUCCUUGUCCAUACAAUCACGAUGUCUUCAUAGAGCUACCCAUAACCUAUGUAAAUCAUUUGUUGGACACUGUGCUUCCGGUUCCUGAGGGAAAUUACCUUAUACACAGCGUUUAUUACACCCAUGGCAUGAAGCUAUUGGAACUCAAAUCUUAUAUGAAUAUAUAUUAA